AGACUUAACGAUCGUGCUCGCAUUUAUGUCCGAGGAGGGACUGGGGGUCAGGGAUCGCCUUACUUUGGAGGCAUGGGUGGGGAUGGUGGCGACGUUGUUGUACAGUGUUCCCCGAACGCCACGCUGCGUCACUUCUCUGUUAAGGAAAAUCGCCGUAUUUUAGCCGAACAUGGCACAUACUUUUCGUAAGUAAACCUUUGCAUACGUGUUUCGCAUUUAUUCAUUCAUUCAUUCAUCCAUUCAUUUUUAUUUUAUUAUUAUUAAUCAUCACACUUACGAGCAUUAUUUACCCAAAACGUUUAAUUGCACUUCACCACUGCUUCGUUACAAAUAAACUUGUAUUUGGUGGCUUAUGAACUUGUAUUCACUCAUUUGUAUAAAAUCAUUAUGUGGAAGCAUUGAAAGCGCUAGCACUAGAAAACACUGUCCUCGCUCUUAUCGCCGCUAGCGAGAGAGACAUCUCUCUCCCGUAUGUCCUGUAACUGCUAAAAUUACCUAAUUUGUCACAAGUCAGAACUUAAACACUGCUUUUCACACAGGCUGUUUAAUGACCUUGGCUUUUUCCAAUGUUUUCAAGGGGUAAAAAAGGUAAAAAGCAGAAAGGGACUCGUGGUCGCGACACAGUCAUCAUAGUCCCUGUUGGUACAACUGUGUAUACAGAUGACGGUCAAAUUGUAAGAGAAAUGGAUGAGCUGGGCUCCAGACUUUUGGUUGCUAGAGGUGGCCGCGGUGGGUCACCAGCCACGGAAGACUGGCGCGGAGAGAAGGGCGAACGGUUCAUGAUAAUACUGGAAUCUAGGCUGAUGGCUGAUGUUGCUCUUGUGGGGUGAGAUUAAGAUACAAAGGAAUCUCUAUUUAACGAGGUGCAAAGGCCAGUGAAUUGGGAAAUCUGCUCGUUAAAUCGAGGGUUCGUUAUAUCGAACACCUCCAUUUAACGAAAGUUCGGGCAAACUAGCAAAAUGUUCGUUAUAUCGAGGUAUGGUUAAUGAUAAAUUUUAAAAAACCCAGCAUUUCCGGAACUAAAAUCAGUAUCAAGUUAUGCAUAGCUACUGCUCUAGAAACACUUACCACGUCUUCGACAUUAAAUAAAUCAUUCAAACUCAAGAAAAAGCAAACAAAACGGCUGAAAACUACUGUACACAUAAGUUUUAUCCUUGUUGGGCUGUCUGGCAUUCAUCUUUUAUCACAUGAGUGAUGCUGACAUUUAUUUGUUAUAUCGAGGUAAAUUUUACGUUUGCCCUUGUGGAUUGUGUUCGUUAUAACGAGGUUCUGUUCCAUACAUUUUACUAUAAUUUGGCCGGGCUGAAAAAAAUCGUUCAUUAUACCUGGGAUUUCGUUAUAUAGAGGUUCGUUAAAUCAAGGUUCCACUGUAUCUUACUUUUAUUUAGCCUGUGCCACAGACGGAACUAAACUUUUUAGUUCAGUCCGUCUGAGAAACAACGCUGAAAUCCUUGUCCUUGGUCCUUACCUGUCUACCAGAAGUUACCUACGCGCCAUGAUUGGCAUGUUCAAAAACCAUUGUCAGUUUGCCAAUCAGGUUGAAGGUGGAUUCGAAACGCAUUUCCGGUAAUUCGUCGAGUCCCUUGGGGACCCAGAACAAGGAUAUCGCGCUUCCUCUGAGACGUCACUAACCUGGUUUAGUAUCCGGGACUUACGUCUUCGACGCAGGUUAACAUCUAUUAAAAGCGCAUGGAGGCUGAGAACGAAUAUCAAUUUUUGUUUCUUUUUUGCAGUUUUCCCAACGCCGGAAAAUCGAGUCUACUUCGUGCUAUCAGUAAUGCAACCCCAAAGGCAGCUGAUUAU